AAGGAUAAUAAGGAAAUAUAGGUGUACCUUGUGGAGAACAUCAAAACCAACAGUUUAUCUGGAAGUUUGUCUAUGAACUCACAGAUGGCAAAUUCAACACAUGAUCCUGAUAUCCACGAAUCGGGGAUUCCGACAUACGUGUUUUUCGCCUUUGGAUUUGUAGGCAAUGGACUAGCCUUAUGUGUUAUUUGUUGCAACCGGGAGCACCAUCAAUGGCGCUCCUUCUACAUUUUCUUCUUGGGUCUAGCAAUGUCUGACUUUCUUAACCAGUUGAUAGUUUUCCCAUUUGAAGUCUUACGAUAUGGAUCUAAUUUUAAUUACACAAUUCCCCCUCAUCUUUGCAAGGCUGAGUCAUUCAUCUACUCUUUCACGCAAAUUUCGUCAGGUAUGAUCAUUUCCGGUAUCAGCACAGACCGAUAUCUUGUUUUAACUAACAGUGGACAACCACUUGACGCGAUGCGGUGGAAUCGCCGAAAAUAUCUCUUUGGUCUGUUGAUGAUAUGGAUUUUUUCGGCACUUGUGUCUUUACUUCAUUUGUUCGUUGGACAAAGCGAAACCUUUUAUCCCGGGUCUUGGUGCUUUAUUGACGUCACGAACAAAGGUAUUGGAUCUGUAUUUAGUGCAACAGUAUACUCUCUAACAGGAAUUUGCGUCCUCGUCUACACUGUGUACAUAAAUAUCUGCGUCAUGUGUAUGUCUUGUAGGGACCCUGAACACCGUGGCAGACUUCUCGACACUGACCGUGUAACUGGCUUCUAUGAUGUUCAUGUCAAUUUUUUUUUGGCGAUUUCAGUGACACUUUAUGUCCUUUGUUGGGGACCAUUUUUGGUGGACAUAUUUUUACGAGGAAUCAAAAUCAUAUCUGGUUCUCCUGGAAAACUUGAACUUUGGCUUGUUCGACUGAUAGACUUAAAAUCCAAUGUGAACCCUUGGCUUUACGUAUUGCUACGCAAGGAAUAUAUUAGGAAGAUCUUUCUUCGAUUUCAGACAUGCCGCGAGGGAAACAUUCAAAGACAGCCUCCUGAUGGAGAAAGCAACAGACUCUUACAGGAGAGUCAAAUUACUUUCUCAAAUCCUACAAGUCAGUGAUCUAACUAGACAUACGAAUACUGGCUGAUUUUUAGAGAGCUUUUUAAAUAUUCUUAUUAUUUAUUUAUUUUGCAAUGUUAAUUGGGAAUCAUCCGAUUACGUUACUGAUCUUAAAGUUGAUAAUAUUACUGGUCACUC